AUGAAUCUACAGCAGCAUGGGAUCAGAGGCCAUCUUAAAUCUGUUUGGAACGAGAAGCGUGUUAUUUCAAUUUGCUUCUUCAUUGCGCUGGCUCAGUUUCAAUAUGGAUACGAUUCAGCUACUAUCGCCGGAUUUCAGUCCAUGCCAGGGUUUCUCAAUGUCUUUGGUUAUACCGAUCCAAAGAACCCUAUAGGCUAUAACAUCAGCACUCAAAGGCAAAAAUUGCUUCAAAGUCUCAUCAGUGUAGGUGCAUUAGUGGCCUGCAUCUUCAUUUUCAAUUUCGGACGCUUUAUCAGCCCGCGAGCCGGUCUCUGGACUGCGUCGCUGGUUGGCCUGGUUUCCAUCGCUGCUCAGAUCGGAAGCACUAGCAUUGCUGCACUGUACUUUGGCCGUAUAAUGCUCGGGAUUUCCAACGGCUUCUACAGCACCUACUCAGCUAUUUAUAUUGGAGAAUCCACGCCGGCUUAUCUCCGCGGUGCGGCCAUCGGCAUGGUGAUCUUGCAGAUCAACCUUGGCUCGCUCAUCGGCAUUGUCAUAGAUAACUCUACUCAGUCGAUGCGCAGCCGCCUAGCAUACCAGAUUCCACUUGCGGUCAUGUUCGUCAUUCCAGUGGUCAUUUCCGUGGGUUUAAUAUUACUUCCCGAGUCACCUCGGUAUUAUAUAUCGAGAGACCAAGACAAUAAAGCCAAAGCGGCUAUCCGAAAGCUGCGAGGAAUAACCGAUGAAGCCAAUGUUCAAGAAGACAUAACGGUAAUGAAGAGCGCCUGGCUUGAAGAUAUGGAAAUGCGUGCCACUACCCACCUGCUCGACGCCUUCCGGGGUAGAGACUUACGAAGAACUCUUCUCACUAUUGCAACAGCUGUGGCCCAAGCAGCCACUGGCAUUUUUUUUAUAUCAGCCUUCUCCGUUUUCUUCUUCGUCCAAGCACGGAUCGGUGACCCUUUCAAGUGGGUGACGAUAUCUAUUGCUAUUGGUGUGACUGGAAACAUGUUGUCAUUCCCAGCCGUACGGUUUCUCGACCGCCGACACCUCUUGAUAGUUGCCUCGCUGCUAAACUCCGCAGCAAUGAUAGGGAUGGCAGUUGUAUACACUGUCUCUUCAGCAAAGUCACCCACUGCAGGAAAAGUUCUCGUAGGACUGAGUAUCAUUUUCACUUGGGUCUACGGCCUAGGCCAGGGCCCAGUUCUUUGGGCACUCCAGACAGAGUUCCCGUCUCAAAGGCUGCGAACGCAGACUGUGGGCUUUGCACAGGGUUCUGGAUUUCUUUUCUCGUGGCUGAGCGCUUACUGUACGCCUUACUUUAUCAAUCCUGAGGCUCUCAAUUGGGGUCCCAAAUAUUGUUACAUAUGGGCCGGUAGCAAUUUCAUCCUAGCAAUUUUCACCUUUUUCUUCAUUCCGGAAACACGGGGAAGAAGUUUGGAGCAGCUUGAUGAGAUGUUUAACAAGAGGUUACCUGCUUGGAAGUUCCGCGGUUAUAUCACGGACCUUCAGCAAGCUGAUCAAGAUGAUUUUGCGAUGGAGAAGUAUACAAAGGAUGAAACUAGUGCUGUCAAAAUUGAGCAUAAAUAA